AUGCCUCCCACCGACUUGAGUAAGCUAAUCUUUAACAACAAGAUUAUUACAACAGAGGAAGCUCUCACGGCAGCCAUCGUAAUGGCUAAAGAAUGGACUAACGCGCAACAAACCUUACCAACUCCAGUUCGAAGGAAGCCUCUACGUAUCCGGAAGCCUGAAGCCGACACUAUCAUUUGCCAAUCCGAUGUCACGUGGAAUACGGAAACCAAAACAGCUGGGUUGGGAUGGAUUAUAAAAUUGCAAGGAGCCAGACCUUUGGGACAGAGCAAAAACAGAGACCCAUGUAUGCUCCCCCCUCAUGGUCGAGGCUUUAACACUAAGAGAAGUUGUCUCUAUCGCCAUGGAAAAGGGUUUAAAAAAACCGAGAUUUGA